CAACAAGAGUUAUUAUCAGCCUUUGGCUUUUCUCCCACUUUUAUCUGAACAUGGGAUUUUACGGUGUUCGUUCUCAGUUUUUAAUUUUCCUGUUUAUUUUGUGACACAAUCGAACUGUUUAAUUCGUUUAGUCUUGCGAUUUUCUCAACAAUUCGCCAAGUGGCCCCCGUCAAUGACUAAUGACCCAAUUCUGUGCCUCUAUGGUUGCAGUCAUCAGCGACUGAACGUUUCACGCGGCGUCUGAAAACCACCUGUUGCAUUGUCAGUUUUUACGAAUACAAGUUAAAUGACACAAUAAUGGAUGUAGUAUUUAUAGACGAACGGGAGGAUGUGCAGAAGAAGACGUUCACGAAGUGGAUUAAUUCACAACUCGUCAAGUGCAACCAUUCCCCCAUUAAUGAUCUGUUCAAGGAUCUACAUGAUGGAUCUCGACUCUUGGCUCUCUUGGAAGUUCUCACUGGGAGACAGUUUAAACAAGAGAAGGGGCGGAUGCGAGUUCACCAUAUAAACAAUGUCAACAAGGCACUGCAAAUUCUACAACAGAAUAAUGUGAAAUUGGUAAAUAUAAGUAGUAAUGACAUUGUAGAUGGAAAUCCAAAAUUAACAUUAGGCCUAGUAUGGAGCAUCAUUCUGCAUUGGCAGGUGCAUUAUCACUUGAAAGAUUUAAUGUCAGAGCUUCAACAGACAAAUCUUGAAAAAACUCUCUUGGCUUGGUGUCGCUUGAAUUGUGCGGAUUAUACUGGGGUUGACAUUCGAAAUUUUACAACCAGUUGGUCUGAUGGGCUCGCUUUCAACGCUCUUUUACAUAAAUUCCGGCCAGAACUUUUUGAUUAUGACAGUAUCUCUCGAAAGUUGCCUCAUGCCAGACUAGAGCACGCUUUUCGAAUGGCUGAAAAGAAUUUGGGAAUAGACCGAUUAUUAGAUCCUGAAGAUGUAAAUACUUCCGUUCCUGACAAAAAGUCUAUAAUGACGUAUGUAAUGUGCUUAUUCCAAUCACUGCCACACGAGGGACUAGCUGAUGCAUCGAUAGACUUCACGCAAAGUCCUCUUGCCUCACCAGUAUCAGAAGUGCCGAGUGAAGGUAUCAUACCUGGUGCACUAAGAUCAAGACCUCUCAGUCUUGCAACUAAUGUCUCAGUGGAGCUCGGCGGUUAUCAAGUGGCUUUGGAAGAAGUAUUAACAUGGCUUCUAGAAGCAGAAGAUAAGUUGACUUCAUCAUCAGUCACUCCUGGAGAUUUGGACAAUGUCAAGCAGCAGUUUUAUGCCCAUGAAGAAUUUCUAUUGGAGUUAUCUGGCCAUCAAGAGGGCGUUGGCGCUGUACUCGAAGAAGGAGCUAGAAUGCUUUCUGAAGGUGGUCUUUCGCAAGAAGAAGAAGACGAAGUCCGUGUUCAAAUGAAACUCCUAAACUCUCGGUGGGAAGAAUUGCGAGUGAAUGCAAUGGAAAAACAGACUCGUAUCCACGAGAUUCUAAUGAAACAGCAACAGAAAGAACUUGAAAACUUGCGAGUUUGGCUCACAGGAACGGAGGAUAGGAUCUCCCGUUUGAGUGGAGACUGCGGGAUGGACUUGCCAGCGCUGCUGGAUGAAGUCUCUAGAUUGAAACAGGAUUUACAAAAUCAACAAAAAGUUGUUGAUGCAUUGGCGAAUUUAGUCGUUGUAGUCGAUGAGACAACAGGAGAUAGUGAUACUGCAUACAGUCACAUGGAAGACCAGCUGAGUGCGUUAGGCGAAAGAUGGGCGCAUGUUUGCCAAUGGGCUGAGGAAAAAGGUAACCGAUUAGGUUCACUCCUGACCCUGAGGGACAGGAUGCGUCGAGAAGCAAAAUGGCUCCAAGGUUGGAUGGAUGAAAAAGAGGUCGCUCUUAAGUUAAUGGAAGCCGAUCCUGUUGCAGAGAAGGGCGCAGUCCUUCAGAGAGUCAAACAAUUACAGAUUUUGAGGCAUCAGAUCAAUGCUCAACAAAAUCGACUCGCAAGACUUCAAGAAAUAGUGCAAGAAAUAGACGCUGAAGUGAAUUCAUCGGAGAGUGCUAAAGAAGCAAUUCAAAUUGAAACCCUUGCUGAUCGAUGGGAGGCCCUUGUUCAGAUCACGGAUGUCCAAGCUCAGAGAAUUGCCGAUUCAGGUUUGGAGUGCAAUUUGAGCUUAGAGUUAGCGAUAGUUCCUCGAGAAGAACCACCACCUUCACCAACAACUUCCAGUCCUAUGGUUGAUCAAAGGAAACGGCGAAGAAUGAAAAAUUCCCAACAAACAGAAAUAGAAUCCAGCUGUGAAGAAAUCAACUCUUGGCUGGAAGAAACAGAAGAGUAUUUACAUUCAACAGGUCUUAACGCAGCUUCAAUCAAUCAGAUCGAAAGUGUAGUCCAAGAAAAGCAGAAAGUAAUCGUCAAGUUGGACGAUUUAGUCAGCCAACUUUUGCAAGAGCAAGAAUUACCAGUUGAAGAGAAAGAGAUGGUUGCCAAGCUGAAACGUCGCCUCAAUAAUGUUGAGGAAAUUUUAUCAAAUUUUGCCUGCAAGGAGAAAAGUGAGCCGUACAAACAGUAUGAAGCAUCUAAAAGUGAAUUCAUCAAGUGGAUCAGUGAAGCCGAGAACCUCUUACGAUCUGAUGAAAGCAUUGUUUUGGAAAUCCCAGAAUUGAGGAAACAACUCCAGCAAAUAAAAGAUAUUCAGGAAGGUCUAGCUCAACAUGAAAACGAAUUUCGUGAAGUCAAACUUUGCGGGAACAUUUUAAUGGAAAAUGCUGGGGGAAAUGUUGCAAUUCAAGUUCAAACAGAAUUGAGUGACCUUGAAAAGAGGUGGACUGAACUCUUGGCAAACAUAGGUGAACGGGUGCAAAACAUAGAAGCUUAUAUUGUGAGGGUAGAAAAUAUGGCAAGUGACAUCAGUACAAUGGAGGCCUGGUUGGAUGAAGUGAAUUCCCUUAUUUUUGUGAACGUAGAUGAAUCUGUUGGUAAUUUGGAGGCAUCUGCCACACAUGUUCUUGAGUCAAAGGCUGUUCUAGACAACAUUGCUGAAAUGAAAGAAAAUGAGAUAAAAAUUGAGGACUCAAUGAAAAAAUUGAUGAGCGACUCUUUCAAGACUUCCUUCACUGUGAAACUGAUGGAACAAGCAUUGGCGUUGCAUGAUAGGUGGAAUAUGACAGAAUCUGCCGCUAAGCAGCACAACGAAAGAAUGGAACAGCUGCAUGAAAACAACAAAACGGUCUUAACUGGUAUUGAAGAGCUGAGUGCCUGGCUAGAUGAUCUUGAAGAAUCUUUGAGUCCAUCGAACACUGAAAUUGUCAAUGCCAAAGUGCGAUAUCAACAGCUGAAGCAGAAUAUUCAUGAUAAGUCUCAACUGUUUCGCACCAUCAAUGAUCUUGGAAACUCAAUGGUCGCAAAGUCUGAAGGAGGUGAUCUCCGCCAGAAAUUAACGCAGCUUAACACUCGAUGGAACGAGAUGACUAAUGACGUAUUUGAAAAGCACAAAGCCCUCCAAUCAGCCUCUGAACAGUAUGGUGAAUUUAGAGCUCUUGUUGCCAAAGAAAAAGAUUGGCUCGACAAGUUGGAAAAACUGCUCAUCAAAAAGUCACCUAACACAGCUGCCGAUGCUGAAGAACUCUCUGAAGAAUUGGAUGAUCUGGAAAAUUUCAUCAGGAACCACUCUGAGAACAGUAUUGCAAGAAUCCAAGAUAUCGGGCAGCAUUUAAUGAGCAAUCAAGUAGUCACGGAUAAUAUUGAAACUGAAAUAAAUAAUAUUUCUGACCGGUUCACAAGUCUCAGCAAAAAGGCCCAAGAUCGUGCCCAAGUUCUAGAAGUUUGCGUAGCAGAAGCCCAAGAAUGCGAAAGUCAUGUUAAUGUCCUGCAAAGUUGGCUCGAAAACGUCAACAUUCAGCUGACUGAACGUCUCCAAAAUGACCUGACUGCCGAUGACCUUCCUCAAGAUGUGCAACGACUGUCUGAAGAAUUCGAAGUCUACACUAAAAAACUCUUGGAGAUUGAGGAGAAAGUGUGCCUCUAUGAGGAAGCAGGGAAACAGGAAGCAUCAACAAGGCUGAAGGAGCAGCUCUCUUUAGUCAAUGAGAAGUUCAAAUCAGUCUCAGAGAAGUUUGAGCAGUUCAAGUCUCCAGAAAAGUAUGCGCUGAAGUUGCACCGAGCGUUGCGCGAGCUGCGAAGCAUUGAGGAAGCUGUUUGUCUUCUGGAAUUGACUUCUGAUGACCCGGAAGAUAUUCAGGGUCAACUCAAUCAUUGCAUGAGGUUCUACAACACACUAAGUGAUGUCAAAUCAGAGAUUGAACUGGUUCUCCAAGAAGGUCGCAAAGCUGUAGAAGAGGGUAGAACAGAGAAUCCAGAAGAGCUGACGAAACAUUUAGAUGAUUUGAAAGAUCUUUACAAUAAGCUUGGUGUACAAGUUUCGGAAUCUAAAAAUUGCCUAGAAACAGCUCUUGAACUUUCGAAAGUCUUACACGAAGAGCUACCAGCACUGCUAGCAUGGGUUCAUGGCCUCGAGCAGGAGCUAGAUCAAGUUGAAUCUACUCCUGUGUCUCAUCGAUACUUGGAUGCUGAAUACAGCUUCAUAAAGGAAACCCUCGAAGUUGAUUGCGAAAAAUGGGGUCAAGUCAAAGAUAAUGUCCGCGCCAAAUUCCGUCAGUUUUCGAGCUUGUGUUCAGAUCCAGUGUACCUGGAAGUGCUCCGCGAUAGAGUUAGCGAUUGUGUACGCAAAUGGGAUCGAAUCAAGGAGAGAUUGAUUGAAGCCAAAGAACAGUUGGAGGAGUUGACAGACACCGCUGAACCCAUCAGAACUGUCUCCAAGCCUCCGUCCAAAGGUGGGAAAUCUGUCAGGAUUGAAGAGCCUGAAUCUAGCAGAUUUUUGCCAACGAAAAAGGAUGCAAUUGGUAGACAAGAAACGAUUGCUUUAAAAAGACAAUCUUCCGAGUCAGAUUCAGAAAAUCACCCAAGGGGUGAUGGCUCACCGAAAGUCAUGAAAACUGAAACAGAGAAUAGUGAAUCGAUCAGUGUGGGUUCGAGGAAGGGUGAAAAUCGCCUAAGCGUCUAUGAAAACGUAGAAACGCAGAAUUCAGAACCGCUAACAACCAAGCUAAAAACAGAUGAUACUGAUGAAACGAAAGGAUGUCAAAUGGUCGAGGUCAAGGCAAGUGAGAUAGUCAAGUCCUCUGUUGAGCCUGUAGAGCAUGUCGUUUUACCAGAGGCAGCAACGCAUUCUAGUCCCAUGACUGUGGAAAUGGUCGAAAUUCUGGAAGACACAGAAGAGUCUGCCACGGAAACAGAUCCAGACGAAAAAGUGCCCUCGCCUGCCUUCGAGCGCAAGAUGGAUCGGAGAAGCAACCACAAAAUUCACCUUGGACCCAGUGAAACGCUCAUUAAAAGACAGAAACUGAUCUCUGACGAAGCUCUGAGAAAUAAAAAAGCUUUGUCUCUUGAUGCAGUCUCUAAAGAGACAUCAGAGAGUGAAGUUCCAAGAAAGUCACAUACUUCCUCAGAUUUUAUGGAGUGUGAUAAUGAAGGAUCAGUGAAAUUUGGCUCAGGUCCUCACAAAGUUCAGGAUCCUACAAACGGAAAUAUGAGAAGUGAGGCGGAGAUUACAAGGUCCCAGCAGUCAAGUGGCAGAAUUAGUUCUCACAGCAGUAAAAAACGUGUUGAAGGUGACGCGAAAGUGUCUAUUGAUGAUAGUGAUAGCUUCUAUGGGAGUGACAAGGAGAUAGAUGAACCGCUAAUAUUCUCAGGGGAUGAGGGGAAAACAGAUGAUCCUGAAGACAGCUCCAGCUCAGAUGAUGAGAACUUUCGGGGUACCAUCAGACACAGAUUUGAUGCAAAGGUCACCAAAAGUUCUUCUGCACCAGCCAAUGCUACCACUCAGCGAUCGUCAAACAAUGAAGAGCCCUAUGAGAAGAAACAGCGGGAAAAUCUAUCAUCAGUUGAUAGCGACAUUCGUGAGUUCAGUCUGAACACGGAUGAAAUGCUGAAGAGAAUGAACGAAAUGCUAGUCACAAUCCAGGGUCUGAAUGAUGAGCAAGAUCCUGGAAAACGAUUAGAGGUGCUGGAGAGAGAAGUAAGCAGUAUAGCCCCGGAUGCUGCCUCUCUAAUCAGUCGAGGAGAUGGCCUCGUUUUAGCGGUACACUCGAAAAAUCCUGCUCUUGGGUUGCAUCUAACCAACACGUCUCUGGAUUCAUUAAGAGCAAAGUGGAGCCAAUUAAUGUCAGAAGUUGAGUUACGAAAACUUCAAGCCCAACAAGCAGAAAAAAUGAUCAAAGAAAAGAGUGAGUUGCUUUUAGUGAUCAAAGAAUGGCUGAAGAAAAUGAACCAGGAGUUGGAAUUAGCAAAUAAUGAUGAAAACAAACUAAAACUGCUUUGCAAGGACUUCGAGUCUAAAGAGAAGGAAGUUGAUCGGUUGAAAGAAAUAAACUCAGAACUGCAAAUUCAACAAAUCAAUGAUAAACUCAUGAUCAGUGACACCAUUAAAAGCUGGGACUCCUUCCAACAAAAACUCCAGUCUUUACAUAAAAAUACAACAAUCAAAAACUUGAAGCAAAUGGAAAAAACUAAUGAAAAAGCAGAAGUGAUAUCAAAAAUAAACAGGACGAGGGAAGAAAUUUCUCAAAUUUCUCGACGAUUGAACUCUCAUUCUUUUCGCUGUUAUGACAAUCAUGCUGCACCGCAACAGGAAGCUGCGUUUAAGGCAAUAAAAGAAGAAAUCUCUAAGUGUAAACCUCAAGUCGAAGAGCUAGAUCAAGAUCAUAAGAAACUAGAUGGUUGUGGAGAGCAAGCAAAAAGAGUUGCGGCAAAACUUAAAGAUGAAUGGAGCCACUUGAAUAAGAAUUUCAGUGAUAAAUACAGGCAAUGGCAGUCUGCACACAUGGCUUGGGAAGACCUUCAACGAGAUUGCAAAGUGAUUGAAGACUGGCUCAGCGGUGCUGAAACGCAAGUGAAAAGUUGGUCAUCUCCAACUACUAAUAUACUUCUUGACAUGGGAGUAAGAGUCACUGAUCUCGAAAAGCAGCUGAUUGGCAAAAGAAGAGUAAUUAGUACAUUGAAUGAAUUACUCAGUAGUGCGGGAGUCAUUGAUGCAAAAAAUCGUCUCAGCGGUCUGCAGGAGAGAUGGCAGCAACUUUAUGAAAUUGUUUUAAAAUACAAAUCCAAGUUGUCUGUAAUGGAAAGUAGUCAACAGUGCUUAGACCAUGUAAACGCUCUUCUAGACACUAAUGCCAAUCCAUCAGAUGACACCUCUCUCUCUGUACGGCUGAGCAUGGUCAAGGCUCGAGAAGAAGAAGUAGCGCUUAAAAAGGAAGAGCUAGAAUUAGUCAAAGCUAAAGAAACAGGAGAACAAGCUCUUAACAUCGAUUCAACUUUGACUGUCUUAACUAAGGCUGGUGCUAAAUUAGCAGAACACAGAGAGUACAUUCUUUGCAAAUUGUCGUCAUUGAAGAAGCUAAUUUCAAGAAUUGACAAUGUAUCAUCAUGGGUUGCCAGCAUAAAAGCUCGCGUCUCUCUCAGUCAUAGUUUACAUGACGCAGAAAAGAAGAAAAUGCAAGAGAGCAUAUCUGCCUGUGUCAAAGACUGUGAAACGGAAGUCAAAGAAGUUUUAGAAAACGUUAUUAACUUAGAAAAAGAAUGUCAAGGUGCUAAACAACCGAUCUCAUCUCAGUUAAAGGAAAAAGUCAAGAAACUACGUGAAGACUGGAUGUUUGUCAAGAGUGGUGGAGAUCCAAAAUUCUCAUCGCCUGAGCCAAUUUACUCUUCUACCAGCAAAGAUCCGAGAUUGGCUGACGUUGGAGGAAGAGAUGUUGAAACAGCAAUCCGUCACCGUCGGUGAUGUUCCCGCAAUCCUACAAGUCCUUGACAAACAAAAGAAUGUGCUGCGCGAAUUGGAGCAGAAGAAACCGCAGCUGGAUGAGCUGGUUCACACAGCCGAAAAUCUUCGUGCUGACUCCAACCGCCAACAGCUUCAUGGCAAAGUAUUUAGGAACGAUAGUGCGUUGUUACAUCUGCGAGAGAUAAUAAAAGUGACCAAGUUGCGAGAACACUGGGAUGAGGCGAACAACGCAGUGGUGCAGAGGAAGGCGACCCUGGACGCCAUGUUGAGCGACAGCCAGCGCUACGACUCGAAGCGGCAGGAGGUAGAAGCGUGGCUCAACCGCAUGGAAACCCGGCUUGACCGCAUGCCGCCCGUCGGACACACCGCCGAUGUCCUCGACACCCAAAUCAGAGAGCAGAAGUCGUUCCACGCUGAAGUGCACCAGUACAAAAGCAACAUCGACAUACUAAGCAAGUUGACCCAGCAGUUGGUGGCCGUGUACCAGCAGGACGACACCUCCCGCGUCAAGAAAACAACAGAGCAGAUCAACAUGCGCUACAACAACCUUAAUUCAAGCAUCGUGAAGCGUGGCGAACUACUGCAUUCGGCAAUAAACUCGCUGCACAAUCUAGACAGGUCUCUAGAUAAAUUCCUGGCUUGGCUGUCCGAAACAGAAUCCGCCCUGGAGACGGUCGAAACCGAUCCGGAGAAACAGGCUACCCAUCUCAAGGAUCUUCAAGCGGAGAUCGAGAGCCACAGGGAUGUGUUCUCGAGCCUGAGCGGAAGCGGGCGGAGUCUGUUGAGCUCAUUGGGCUCCCAGGAGGAUGCGGUCAUGCUCCAGAGGAGACUCGAUGAGAUGAACCAGCGCUGGCACCACCUCAAGGCCAGGUCCAUGGCCAUCCGGAACCGGUUGGAGAGCAACGCUGAGCACUGGAACGCUCUCCUACUCUCCCUCCGUGAACUGGUUGAGUGGGUCAUCAGGAAGGAUACUGAGCUUACUGGACUUGGUCCGAUUGCAACUGACGUAAAUGCUUUACAAAAACAACAGGAUGAUUAUCGCGCUUUCAGGCGGCAACUAGAGGACAAGAGGCCGGUCGUCGAAAGCAACUUAUUCAGCGGGAAGCAGUACAUAGCUAGUGAGCCUCCGCUCUCGGAUACUAGCGAUCAGGAAUUGAGUAGAGACCAAGAUGCAGAUGGACGUGGCUACCGAAAUCCGGAGGAGCAGGCAAGAGAACUGACUCGGUGCAUUCGUCGUGAGGUUUGCAAACUCUCCGAAAAAUGGAAUGCGCUCAUCGACAGAUCGGAAAACUGGAGCAGAAAACUGGAAGACACUUUUUCGAAAUUGCGGCUUUUCCAAAAGAAUAUCGAAGACAUAUCAAAUCGUCUGAGCGCAGCGGAGGCAACAAAAAACCAAUGGCAUCCAGGUUCAGACCAUUCACAGACGCCAGAAUCAACCUUGCAGCUUAGAAAAUUUGGAGAGAAAUUGAAUAGCUUGCAGCGAAAUUUAGAAGAUAUCAACGAUCAAGCAAAAGAUUUCUCAAAUAAUGGUGUUGUUUUGGCAGCUCCAACUCUAAAUAAACUUCAUGAUCUCAACACCAGAUGGAAAUUGCUGCAAAGCACCACAGAUGAGCGCUACCACACCUUGCGAGACGGCACCAACGGGAAGGAGGAUGGUAGUCUUAUGCCUCCGAGUCAUAGUUUUCUGUCAUCAUCAGUAGAGCCUCCAUGGGAACGAGCAGUCACCGCCAGCAACGUGCCUUAUUAUAUUAAUCAUCAGUGUGAAACAACCCACUGGGAUCAUCCUAAAAUGAUAGAUUUAGUCAACUCCUUAGCCACUUUUAAUGAGGUCCGGUUUUCAGCAUACAGAACUGCCAUGAAACUUCGCACGGUUCAGAAACGCAUGUGUUUGGAUUUGCUAAGCGUGGACAGGGCAGUAGAAGUGUUCGACUCUCACGGAUUACGCGCUCAAAACGAUCGUUUGCUGUCAGUGUCGGACAUGGUCAGUAUUCUGGCCAGCAUUUACGAACUUCUAGCAGCUGAUCAUCCAUCUCGGGUCAACGUUCCUUUGUGCUUGGAUCUAGCUCUCAAUUGGUUACUUAACGUUUAUGAUAGUCAAAGGACUGGUCAAGUACGAGUGUUGUCAUUCAAAGUAGGAAUAAUACUGCUCUGCAAGGGACACUUAGAAGAUAAAUAUAAAUACUUGUUCAGAUUAAUCGCAGAUCCCAACAGGCUAGUCGAUCAGCGAAAAUUAGGUCUACUCCUACAUGACUGUAUACAACUUCCACGACAACUAGGAGAAGUAGCUGCUUUUGGUGGCUCAAACAUUGAACCAUCUGUCCGCAGCUGUUUUUUGAAAGCUGGAAAGGACGUUCCUGCUAUUGAGGCUGUUCACUUUUUGAGUUGGCUGCAAGCAGAACCUCAAAGCAUUGUUUGGUUACCUGUUUCGCAUCGUUUGGCUGCUGCAGAAACGGCAAGACAUCAGGCAAAAUGUAACAUCUGCAAAGAGUAUCCAAUCGUUGGUUUUAGGUAUCGGUGCUUAAAGUGCUUCAAUUUUGAUAUGUGUCAAAAUUGUUUCUUCUCCGGUAAAAAAGGAAAGAAUCAUAAGCUCACUCAUCCAAUGCAAGAAUAUUGCACAGCUACUACCUCUGGUGAAGAUGUGAGAGACUUCACUCGAGCUUUGCGAAAUAAAUUCAAAUCGAAGCGCUACUUCAAGAAGCACCCUCGUGUUGGGUAUCUUCCUGUUCAAACAGUAUUAGAAGGCGAUGCUCUCGAGAGUCCAGCUCCUUCACCGCACCAUUCAAACACACUUCCUUCCCAUGAUAUGCACUCUCGCCUUGAGAUGUACGCAUCGCAUUUAGCUGAAGUUGAGCUCAGAACACGAAGCAAUUCAACUCCUGACUCAGAUGACGAACAUCAGCUCAUUGCCCAGUACUGCCAAUCACUAGGUGGAGACUCAAUCCCUGUCCCAAGGUCGCCAGUUCAGGUUGUUGCUGCAAUAGACGCAGAUCAGCGUGAUGAGCUUGAGGCAAUGAUCCGUGAGCUAGAAGAGGAGAACUCAGCCCUGCAAGCGGAAUAUGAACGCCUACGAAUGUCGCGCGCACCUUCGAAGGGCACUUUGCCCGACUGUGAUAUGGCCGCUGAGGCCAAGAUGUUACGACAGCAUGAGGGAAGACUAGAGGCAAGGAUGCAGAUUCUCGAGGAUCAUAAUAGACAGCUUGAGGCUCAACUGCAAAGGCUCCGGCAACUUCUUGAUGAGCCAACUCUGCAAACUAGAUCAGUGACUGCCUCGCAGCUGGCAACAGAUUCUCCCGCUAAAAUGAAUGGCCACUACAUUGACACAUCAGGAGGUCGGUGGGUUGAGGGAGGUCGUAACAGUAUAGAUAGACCUCCGCCACCACCAGCAAUCGCCAGUCUUCAUCACAUGGCAGGACGGAUGUGAUCUGAGCAAAGUUGUCACAAAACUGGUUUCAGCAUUCGUUGAAAAUCCUGAUGCCAAAGCUCCCAGUAACGACAAAUAGACUUCUCCCAACAGCGCAUAUUAUGUUCGGCUUUAAGUCAU